CGGCCAGUUUGCCAUUGUACGAAAAUGCCGGGAGAGGAAAACAGGUCUGGAAUACGCGGCCAAAUUCAUCAAGAAGCGUCGACUGUCGUCCAGCCGUCGGGGCGUGAGCCGGGAGGAGAUCGAGAGGGAGGUGGACAUCCUGCGGGAGAUCCAGCACCCCAACAUCAUCACGCUGCAUGACAUCUUCGAGAACAAGACGGACGUGGUGCUGAUCCUGGAGCUGGUCUCGGGUGGCGAGCUCUUUGAUUUCCUGGCUGAGAAGGAGUCUCUGACGGAGGAGGAGGCCACCCAGUUCCUCAAGCAGAUCCUGGACGGGGUGCACUACCUGCACUCCAAGCGCAUCGCCCACUUUGACUUGAAGCCGGAGAACAUCAUGCUGCUGGACAAGAAUGUGCCAAACCCUCGCAUCAAACUCAUCGACUUUGGGAUCGCCCACAAGAUUGAAGCUGGGAAUGAAUUCAAGAAUAUAUUUGGGACCCCGGAGUUUGUAGCUCCGGAAAUUGUGAACUACGAACCCCUGGGGCUGGAGGCCGACAUGUGGAGCAUUGGGGUCAUCACUUACAUCCUGCUGAGCGGAGCCUCCCCCUUCCUGGGGGAAACGAAGCAAGAGACCCUGACCAACAUAUCUGCCGUCAACUACGACUUCGACGAGGAGUAUUUCAGCAACACCAGUGAGCUGGCCAAGGACUUCAUCCGCCGCCUGCUUGUCAAGGACCCCAAGAAGCGGAUGACCAUCGCUCAAAGCCUGGAACACCCUUGGAUUAAGGUGAUCAAGAGGAGGAAUGUCCGCAAUGAAGACAACUGCAAGAAACCCGAGCGCCGCCGGUUGAAGACCACGCGCCUGAAGGAGUACACCAUCAAGUCCCACUCCAGCAUGCCGCCAAACAACACGUACAUCAACUUUGAGCGCUUCUCCAAGGUCAUGGAGGAGGUGGCUGCAGCCGAGGAGAGCCUCCGAGAACUGGAGAGGAACAAGAAGUCCUUCCAGGAGGACAUCGAGGCCCUGCUGUCCAUCUAUGAGGAGAAAGAGUCGUGGUACAAGGAGGAAAACGAGAGCAUCAGCCAGGACCUUCGCCAGAUCCAGCAGGAGCUGCAGAAGACGGAGGCCCUGAAGAAGCAGGCACAGGAGGAGACCAGGAAUGUGGUGCAGGCGACCAACGGCCUCAAGAGGCGUUACCGAAAGCUGGAGAACCACUAUGAAGCGUUGGCCAAGCAGGUGGCCUCGGAGAUGAAGUUCGUCCAGGAGCUGGUGUGGUCCAUUGAGCGGGAGAAGCUGCAGAGCGGUGAGGGAGACG